AAAAAGAUCACCAAGAAUUGUUGUCUCAGGACAUCAGAUCUCUGAUCAAGUUAUAGUAAUAUUCAAAAAAUGCCCUUUAGAAUUGUUUCCAUAUUAACGUCGAAGUGUCUGAAGAAUGAGUUUUACUUCUCCAAAUCAAACCCCAAACCGCCUCAUGACUCGAGAAUGGAGGAGGAGAAAAAAUGAGUGCAAAGAGGAAAAGAAGUCAGUGCGGUUUUCUUGACAGCUUCGACCUGCCUGAACAUUCAUAUAGACAGUGUGUGAAAGUGAAGGGAGUCUUAGUUUGAGAUGCACAAGGAACUCUGCACUGCCUGAUCAGAGGAAUAAGCUGAUCACCUGUCGGUCUCUUGAUUUACCAGUCUGAUGAUGUCUGAACCAGCGAACCUCAACUGCACCAAUCUCUACUCCCACCAUCUAGUGGCACGUGUGCUCAUGCCGCUGGCCUACUCAAUCAUCUGUCCAGUGGGGCUGCUUGGUAACGGUCUGGUGCUGCACAUCAUCUACACCAAGGUGACCAAGCUCAACUCCAGCACUCUGUACUCAGCCAACCUGGCCAUGUCAGACUUGCUCUUCUGCCUGGUGCUGCCGCUACGGGCCGUCUACUACGCUCUGGGCUUCGACUGGCCCAUGGGAGAGGGACUAUGCAAGGCCUCAGCUCUGCUUUUUUACAUCAAUGCCUACGCUGGUGUUAAUUUUAUGACCUGCCUCGCUGUGGAUCGUUUUGUGUCCGUAGCGCUACGGCCAAAGUGUGUGUGGCUCCGGAAAAUACGGAACGUGAAGCUCAUUUGUUUGUUAAUGUGGGUGCUGGUGUUGGUACAGACGCUGCCAUUACUGACCAUGCGCAUGACUUAUAAGGAGCACGAUGGCAGCAUUACCUGCAUGGAAUACCCUAAUUUCGAGCGCACUGUCCCAGGCUUGCCCUACCUUCUGAUUGGUGCUGUGGUUUUGGGCUAUGGGAUCCCACUGGGAACAAUCCUCCUGUGCUACUCAGCGCUCUCACACAGACUACGGAUAGCUGCCAAGUCCAACCGUCUGACUGAGCGAUCUGGAAGGACGCAUAAGGCACGGGCGGUGAUCGCCGGCGUGGUGCUGGUAUUUGUUGUGUGUUUCAGCCCGUACCACGUGGACCUGCUUCAGUACAUGAUCCGGAAGCUUGUGUACGAGCCGGACUGCGAAGAGCUGCACGCUUUCCAAAUCUCACUGCACAUCACCGUGUGCCUCAUGAACUUCAACGCAUGCCUUGAUCCAUUUGUUUACUGCUUUGCCUGCAGUGGCUACAAGAAGAAAGUGCUGAACCUACUGAAACGCCAGGUCAGCCCUUCGCUCUCCAGUGCAGCACCAAGUUCACAUGACAGCUCGGGAACUCAUGAACAACAAACCCAUUUAACCCUCCACAACAGACUCCUGACCCUGAAAACCAUCAACAAAAACCCCUGAACCACCACACACACCUCGUGGCAGCCUUCGGACGUACGUCUGUUUUGACUGUGACCAAUUUGCACUCAGAUUUUUUGAAGGAAGUGUUGGCACAUGAAGAUUUUCUUCAUACCAAAACAAGUUCUCAUAUACAGAUUUCAAAUCUUCAUGAAAAACUUUAACUGUUGUUUUAAACACUUGCUGAGUGCUCGUGUCUUUUAUCUGUUAUUAGUUUAGAAUGGUCCAGAUUUGUUCUCUGUCCCACAGGGGGACUCUAACCAAAAUAAAAGAGGCUUUCCUUUGAGAAAAGGAAUAAUGUAGAACCCAGUUUAGGAACGUUGGAAAAAGUUGUCAACAAAUAGUUUAAGGUUAGUACCGCUUUGACGUAAUACAAAAGACCACUUCCUGAAGUGUCUCCAUUCUAGAAAAACACAAACACUCUUUCCACACAGGACGUGAAAUAGGAAAUCUUUACAGACACAUCAAUUCACAUGGGAUGUAUAUCUGACACACUGGUCAGAGUGGAACUUCCUGAUAACAAUAAUCCUGUCCGAAUAGGGCUCAAGAUGGAUUAGAUUCAGAGAAUAGAUGUGAGGAGAAGACUGAGGAGAGUUGCAGAAUGUUAAAGUACAUCUUUCCUUCACAGUGUGUUAAAACUACAGGAAUUGUGGGACAUAUCAGAUGUGUACAACAUGUGUAUGUAUAAUGUGGAAAUGUGUCCAAGCAGUAAUUCUAUAUUGUCAACAGUAUGGGAUUUCUGACAGGAAGGGUAUUGUAUACUGUAAAGAAAUACAGCUUUGAAUGUUCUGUUUAAA